UUCAGCAGGUGGGGGAUCUCUGCGCCCGAGUUUUCCAGCUGAGACAGCAGCUCCCUGGGCCCCGCCCGUGAGGGAAUCAGUGCCCAGGGUCGUGGCGCCCUGGACUGGGUGGCCGGCCAGGGGCAGAGCCCGGGAGCUGCGCAGGCGCGCGUCAGAGACUCCAGCUGUGCGCCGCCGCUACGCUGGGAGCGCCCGGGGUCGAAGGGGGGUCUGGACGGGUGGCCCGGCAGCUGGCUCGCUGGUUCGGCCUGCAGCUGCGGGCAAGGGAACUGGGCGCAGCAUGCUCGCUGCCGCCGUGGGGAGUCUCCUGCGUCCCGGCCCGGGGAGCCUCCUCCGCUGUGCCCCAGGGGCGACUCUCCUGCCCCGGGGGCUCCCCGGCUACUCCACAGGCGGGACCCCCAGGGGCUCUGGGCCCCAAGAUCCGGGAAAGGUUCACAGGGUCCCCGCCGAGCACACGCCCUCGCAAUUCGACAAGAAAAUUUUGCUGUGGACCGGGCGUUUCAAAGCGAUAGAAGAGAUCCCGCCUCGGAUCCCGCCAGAAAUGAUAGAUGCUGCAAGAAACAAAGCUCGAGUGAAAGCUUGUUACAUAAUGAUUGGACUCACAAUUAUCGCAUGUUUUGCUGUGAUAGCGUCAGCCAAAAGGGCUGCAGAACGACAUGAAUCCUUAACAAGUUGGAACCUAGCAAAGAAAGCUAAGUGGCGUGAGGAAGCCGCACUGGCUACACAGGCUAAGGCUAAGUGACAUUCUGAGUGACAGAGUGUUAAUCAGAAUAUCAUCUCUAUUAUCAGCAACAAUAAAAGAUAGGUAGAAUAGACUAUUUGGCAAAAUAUUUGCCAUUAUUUUAUUUUGGUGGAAAGAAGCACAAAGUCUUUUUAUUUUUACUUUUUAGUAAACUUCUCUUGAAGUCUAACAGACAUUUAGAAAAGUGAACAUAAAUUUAUACAUCUUGAUGCAUUUUUAUACAGUGAACACACCUGCCUAAGCACUGCCUGGAUCAAGAUGUAGAAUGUCAACAGCACCUCAGAAGCCUCCUUCCUGCCCUGUCUCAGUCAUUACCCUACACUGUGCCAGUUUUAUCACCAUAGAUAGUUCUCUUGUUUUUGAACUUUAUAUAAAUGGAAUUACACAAUAUGUACUUUUGAGUGUGGAUUCUGAUAUUCAACAUUAUGUUGUGAGAUUGAUCCACAAAUUAUAUAGUAUGAAUUCAUUCAUAUUUAUUAUUAUAAUACUCCAUUGUAUAAGUAUGCCACAAUUUAUAUGGAUAUUUGGUCCAGUUUUUAGCCAUUAGAAAUAGUGCCAAAAUGAGCACUCUGUGAAUGUCAUUUAAAUGUUAUUGAACUAAACCACUAAGGAAGGACUCUUUAAAAUCUAAUUUUUAACCAAAGUUCUACUGCAUUUGAUAAUUGAAUAGUACCUUUGGGCAUCCUUUCCAUGGUUUGCAGUAACUAGGUGAAACACACUUGAAAAUUUAAUAACCUAAGAACUAUUAAUUAUUCUAAAAAGAGAAAAGUACUAAAACGACAAUUAUAAAAACAACUUAAAAAGACAAAAACAUUAGAAAGAGAAAAAUGGAUGUGUCAGUGGUCUUUGAGACCUAAAACGACUUUUAAAAUUAUGUUAUCUCCUCCUCACACAUUUUUGGCAUCUAUAGUUUUUUAAUCAUAAGCACAAGUAGGUGAAAUGAUAUAAUUUCCAGUUUAUUGUACAUUAAGUAUACUUUUAACAUAUUUUCCCUCAUCACCUUGAAGCUACAUAGCUCAUUGAAUUUAUGGAGUAUAUCUGCUUUGUAAUUUUUAGGACAAAACUAGUUCUCUUUAUCAAACUAAUAAACCAAACCAAACUCAUUUUCUGUUAGAAAAAGUCUUACUUUGAUUUGAAAAUGAAAAUGUUAAUAUACAUUACUGUGAUGAUAAUCUCA